CGCAGCCGAGAUCACGUAAGGGGAAGCGCUGCCCUCCUGCAGGUCUCCGAGCCUCGGUGCCUGCGCAGCACAGCCCCCGGAGUCCCCCCAUGUCCUGGUUCAUGGCCAGGGCACUGGGGUGCAGAGCCCAGAGAUGGCUGGCACAGCAGUGUGCGGAUCAUGUGGGCAAGCACAGGCGGCAUUUCUGCCACCAGCAUAGAGAGUGGCAGAUGCCAGCCCCACGGAUCCUCCAUCUGCCUCCCAGCCACCCCCAACCCUCCUUUAACAGCACAACACCCCUAAGCCCACCUCGUAGAGUACCACAAACGCCCUGCAUGAGACCCCCACGCCCACCUACACAUUUACCCCUUCCUGCUGCACUCCGGGCACCCUGCACCCCCUGACCCAGAUGCAAAUCCCUGCAGCCCCUCUGUACCAUUAAACCUGCGGUAGGAUGACUGGGGGAGCAGAAACCCCUCAGACGUAGGGACGACUGCAAUCCCUGUUCCCUGCAGAGCCCCCAGCCCUGAGCAGCCCCCAGUCCAGGGAAGGGGGUAAGUGCUGCCCUGGCACACCCAGCCCUCGCACCACGCACAGUCGCCCCCAGCCCAGUUUGCAGACGAUCAAGGCUCCCCUCCCGCCGGUACUUUUCCAUACACACCCUCCAUGGUCCUUUGUUCUGUGCAAAUCCCGGAUCCGGCCCGCUCUCGGCAUGAGGGUUGUAUAUACCCCCUGCCCUCCCCGGAUUCACCCCACAGCCAAUCCCCCCUGGGUGCUCCCCUGCCCUCGGAGGGGGCGCGGGCGAGGGUCCCGAGACUCGAGGGGCUGAGCUCGGGCCCGGCCGCCCCCGCCCGCUUGCCUGGCUGCGGCCGCUGCCUCCUUCGCCUCUGCCCGGAGCCGAGACACCGGAGCCGCCGGGAUGCGCAGCCGCCACGGGGCAGCGGAGCCUUCCAGUGGUACCGGAGCCACCCGGGGCACCAGAGCCUGCCAAGAGUACCGGAGCCGCCCGCGGGUACGGGAGGUGCCGAGCUGCCCGGGUGCGGAGCCACCCAAAGGGACCAUCUGUGCUGUAGGGAGAGGCUGCUCUGCUCAAGGAUCUACAGCUGGAGCAAGCAAGACCCCAAGAUGAGAGUGAGGCUUCCCUCUGUGACUGCGAAGACCAGGAAUGUGCAGUGUGUGGUGGAAAAGAGGGCUCGAUCCUGCUCACGAGCACAAAGCAUGCAAGGGACCAGGACACCAGGUCACAGCAAUGUCCCCACGCUUACUUCAAGGCAGAUGAUCCCUGUCCGCAGCCAGGAGGGGAAACAUCCAGAGCAGCACCAUCCCGGGGUGCACAGCCCGGAAGGUUCGGGACCCCCCGCGAGGGCUGGGAGAACCGGACACAGGGCACGGCUGAAUGAGCCCGGUCCCAGGGCUCGCGGGAGCCUCAGGGACAGAGGCGAGCCACCCCUGCCAUUCCUGCAGCGUGGCAUCAUCGCUGCGCACGAUGCCGCUGGAGUAAUUGCCGCCGGAGUAAUUGCCGCCGGGCUGGGUGCCAGCGCAGCGCCCGCCCUCAGCCCCCGGCACAGGAGAUAACUCAAUCUGCCCUUCCUGCCUCCUCCACACAACGGGGGGGCCCCGCUCCCCCCUGCUCCGCCCAGGGACCCCCCCGGCGUGGCUGAGUGGGGAGGGAGGCGAUGUGGGGCACUGGGGCAGCCUCCCGGCGCUCAAAGGCCGUUCCUUGCAUCCCCCUACCCUAAUUUGAGGCAUCUGCUUGGCAAAGCCCGAGGGCUUCCCGUUGCAAAGGCCACCGGAGCAUUUUAAUAGCGUGCUUUUGCCUGGCUUCCUUCCUGGGAAUAAACCACGUCCUGGCGAUAAGGAGCAUAAAACCCCAGGGUUAAGGGCCAGCGGCCAAAGCUGGGAGCGGGCAGAGCUGCACCACCCCCCCCCCCCCCCCCGCCCCGGCUCAGCCCGGCCGGGCUGGGGGAACACGGCCUCCAGAGCCCUGCCACAGCCCGGCCCUGCAAAACAGGACACAAUAAAAUCCAUUUGGAGCCCGAGUGACAGCAGGGAAGGGCAGAGGGAUGGCUGGCUCGUGCUCCGUGGCUGCUGCGGGCAGCAUGCCUGCCCUGUGGAGCAGCGCGUUUGGGGGGCCAUCCCCCCGUGCCCUGCAGCCUUUGCUUGCCCAGAAGUAGAUGCCACUGCCCAGAGGAGUCAGAUCUCAGGAAGGUGAGCUUGACCCCCAUCGAGUGGCUCUGUGCUUCCCCCGGAGCACUGCCUGCAUCCUGGGGACAGAAAGGAUGUCCCAAGCCGCGUCCAGGAGUCACACCUUCCCCAAGCAGUGGAGGUGCUUUGAGUCCCCAGACUCACCACUGCCAUAGAGUCCGGGAGGGUUUUGUCCUUGGCCUGCUCAACUUGAAGCUCUUCCCAAAGUGUAUUUUAAUAAACUGUAUUUUAGACUGAACAAAGUGAA